UUCCGUCGGUGACCAGCUGUUUUGUGCCGUCGUUCCCUUUUUCCUUUGGCUGCCUGAUCGGCCACCCGAAAGAUGUUCCGAAUUGGAUUAAAAUUUCCGUGCAACGGUCUAAACAGGGUACGUGAAGUCAAAAAACACGGUUCCACCACACUCUGCUUGUCAACCAGGUGCUACGAAACACGUACGCGAGUCAAAUGCGAGCCGGAAUGGAGGUUUUUCAGGGAUGUCAAACUUACGUCCAGAAUAUCUGGACAUAGGUAUUCAACCGACUCAUCAAAGAGUGAAAAGAGUCGUGGUGGAGGAGCUUUGUUAACUCUGACUGCUGUGGCAAUAGGAGCUUCAGGAGUAUUAUUUUAUGCAAAAAAUAAUCCAGAAUUCCGUGCGACUCUUGAGGGAUGGAUACCAGGCACGGACAAAACAAUUCAGAUCAUCUUUCAGGAGGAGUCAUCCUAUUUGGAGUUCAUUCGUACAUUCUUUGAAACACUCAAACAAACGAUAAUAACAACGAUUUUCGGAGAUGGUUCAGAAAAAGAAACAGCGCCAAAACCAGCAUUUGUACCACUGGUCGAUAAGAAGGAACCACCUAUUAAUGAACCUUAUACUGAAAUAAGAUUAAGUAAAGGGGAAGAAAUCGAAGUUGUCGCUGAGAAGCCUACACCACCUAGUAAAGAUGUGCCUAAAGAACUGAUGCCAGAAAGUCUGGUGGAUCUGGAAACCUCGUGUGGUCAAACUGCAUCCAAAGCGAUCCAGGCUUAUCUCCAAGCAACAUGCGCUAUUCAAGACUAUAAUCAAGAUGUAAUAAAAGUCGUGGAGAGUGUCGAUAGCGCCGGUAGCGUAGUAUGGCACAGAUUAAAAGAGGCAUCGGAAAAGAGGAAAAAAUCGAUUCAGGAGGCGGAGGGACGCGCGAACGAGGCAGUGGAUUCUCUGAAGAAGAUGAUGUUUCUAAUUGAUGAUCCUAAAUUCGAGGCACCGUCGCAUAUGAAAACAGCCGCCAAGAGAAAUAUUAAGAAAAUCGUGGCCGAUGUCGAUGAUGCUAAGAAGAAAUAUGAGACGGAAGUGCAAAGCGCUAACUUAGCGGAGCGUUAUUGGAACCAGGUUAAAUCCGCCCGUGAAAAUCUUAACGAGGAGCUGCAGAUCCUAUUCCCGGAUAUUAAUAUCCAUGAAAAGAAGUUAGCCAUUGAUGAAGACUCGUUUGAUUUAUUCGUCCUCCAUAUGUAUAAUAAAGUGAAUAGUCUUCAGAAGGAAUUAGCGAGGAUGAGGACAGUCAAUGAGGGUAAAUUGAAGGCAGCGUUGAAUGCGACCGGCGAUACAGCUACCCAAGAGAAACUGGACACGUUAGUGUGCCUGGAGCUGGAGAAAGAGAAGUUAAUACUCGAGGAGGAGUUGAGUAAAAAGUUGCUGGAGGAGCAGAAGAAGUUCGAAGACGAGAUGCGACGGCAGCUGAAGCUGCAGGAACAGGUGCACACCGAUCACCUUCAAGAGGCACUCAUGGUGAAAGAACGAGAGGCACAGAGGAAUCUGAACCGCGCACUCAGCGAACAAUACGAGGCCAGUACCCUCCAGUACAAGACGCAGCUCGCCUCCAUUGUUGGCAGAUUACGUGGCCUCGAAGAGGCGCUGAAGGCACGUAUGGACGCAGAAAAGGGAGCGUCGAACGCGCAGAUCCUGUGGUCAGCCUGUCAGGCUCUGGCCAGGGCCGUGAAAACUACGCCGCUUGGCGUAUGCGCGAACGAAGCAAUCAGGCCUCUCGAACCGGAGAUCAAAGCAGUCACCAAGGCCGCACCCAAGGAAGAUCCUCUUGUGCAGGCAGCAAUCCAAGGCAUUCCGGAAGAGGCUGCAAAGAGGGGCGUUUACCCGGAGGACGUGCUUCGCGCGAGGUUCCUUAAGGUGGAGCAGGUGGCCAGUCGAUUGGCGUUGGUGCCCGAGGAGGGCGCGUCCCUGCCCAUCUAUUUCCUUAGCUACCUUCAAAAUUUCCUGAUGAUCAAGAACGUACGCGCCAUCAGUCAACGGGAGAUCGAGGACAAGCCCAUCGACGUCGAAGCCUUCUCCACGUUCGACAUUCUUCGUCGGGCCAGGUACUGGCUCGAUCGUGGCGAUUUCAAAAUGGCACUUCGGUACAUGAAUCUUCUACAAGGCGCGCCCAGGUCCGUCGCCAAGGAUUGGAUGAACGAGACAAGGAUUCUUCUGGAGACCCAGCAAGCUAUAGACACAUUAUUAGCAUACGCUGGCGCGAUCGGUCUCGUGUUCCUUGGUGCCGGAGACUCGAAGUAGUCGGCGCAGAAGUAAAGGGAAAAAGCUCGCCUCGAGACAGCUGUCCAUCGGGAUCAAGGAAGGCAACGGCGCUCAAAGUGCACCAGGGGGAAACGUGGAAUAGACAAACAUACACGUACACGUACGUGACAACGUAAACAUAUAUACACGAUUAUACGAAAGCAGAGCCACGACGAGACCAGCGGGAUGAGGACCGUGGCGAGACCGUGAGAGAAAUAUGGAAACAUCCCUUGCACACAAUGGACAAUAUUUUCUCCCGUCAGGCAGAGAUAAACGGGGAGAAGGAGGCAGCACUCGGAAGAAGAACGACCGAAGUUCAACCUUUCUUUGCCCGUCGAUUUCGAUCCUCGACGCCCUCGCGGAACACGUCCCGUAAGUGAAUUCGCCAGGGUACGGAUGAUGAAUAGACCCAGCGGUAGGAAAAUCGAAAUCGCCCGUUAAUAAACCGGAAGUGACGUAAUUCGUCGGAACAGCGAGUACAGCUAUAAUCUUCGGAGCAAAAUUUGUCGAAAAUAUCAAAUACAUUUUUUCAUACGAGGCCCUAUUAUCGAGGAAAAUUGUAUCAAAGUUGGGGGGACAAUGGGUUCAGUGAUUCUCAAACCCUUUUCUUGUGUUGUUAUGUUGGUCGCAGAAGUAAUUCGGUGUAUCGCUGUUUAUCGAUAUAUCGAUUACGGAUUUAUUUUCCAUUUUCGAACUAUUAACAAUUUAAACGAUACUAACGCAAAAUUUAAUACCUCUAGAAGCUACAAACUUUCAGAUCCAGCUUUCUCGAGAACGGAGCCUCGUGCAGAGAAACUUCUUUUCACGUAAUCGCUUUGUUUUUAGACGUAGAUCGUUCUUCAGACGAGUUACGUUCCAUUCCAUAUACCGGGUGUCACGAUUCGAUCAGUUUGAGGAACUAGUGUUACGAUUUUUUAAUAAUAUACAAGGGAAUUCAAUAAAAAGGCUGUAACUUGUUAAGUUGGCGUCUGUGAGAUGUCGUUUUUGUCCGCUGCUAGAUAAAAAAAGGUACGAAAUUUAAACAACUCAACGAGAGGGCCGAACACGUUUCAUAGAUCACGUCGAUUAUCGGAAACGUGAUGACGCGGAUCACUUUCCUGACUAUUGUGUGCCGAAGAGAAGUUCGACUCGCCCCGACCGGCUAAUUUGUGUUCCGUUUCGCGUGUUUCUUUUUUCCCCUCAAAGUUAAUCCGGGAUUCGCGCUUGGUCAGCUGGGGUCCACGCGCGUUUCAAGCGGAGGACACUUUCUGGAAAAAGUUGGCGGGCUUAAGCGGAUCCGUGGCUGGAUGGUUCACGUCUUGCGUGAAAUUCACGGAACAACUUGAA